GCCAGAAGAGGGAGAGAGAGAGAAGGCGAAUGUUCCCCCAGCUGUUUCCUGUCUACAGUGUCUGUGUUUUGUAGAUAAAUGUGAGGAUUUUCUCUAAAUCCCUCUUCUGCUUGCUAAAUCUCACUGUCACUGCUAAAUUCAGAGCAGAUAGAGCCUGCGCAAUGGAAUAAAGUCCUCAAAAUUGAAAUGUGACAUUGCUCUAACGUCUCCCAUCUCUCUGGAUUUCUUUUCCCCUUGUUAUCCCUGCCCACCACUUCAUUUCCAGACUUUGUACUUCAGAAGCGAUGGGGAAAAUGACCAGUCUUCCAACUCAAUUAUUUAAGAUCUGCCUCUGUGACUUCUUGAAGAACUGGGAGUUAUUUACAAAUUGCUGAAUGUGCAGUUCUGUGGGAGCUGUAAAACGAGCUUCGGGAGAUGAAUGCAUUUGCAGAGAUAUCUGUACGGGUAGAAACUAUUGCAAGUCCUCAGUUUUGUAUUCACCUCAGCCUCAUAGUACCCACUCCUGACCUGCUGUGUAAACGACCCGGGACCUACCAAAAUGACCGCACCUCCAAUAAAGAUACACAUCAUGUCGUCUUCACAUCUCUUCUACCUGGCGCUCUGCUUGCUCACCUUCACCAGCUCCACCACAGCUGGACCAGAGACCCUUUGCGGGGCUGAGCUGGUGGAUGCUCUUCAGUUCGUGUGUGGACCAAGGGGCUUUUACUUCAACAAGCCCACAGGCUAUGGCUCCAGCAUUCGGAGGGCACCUCAGACAGGCAUCGUGGAUGAAUGCUGCUUCCGGAGCUGUGAUCUGAGGCGGCUGGAGAUGUACUGCGCCCCACUGAAGCCUACAAAGUCAGCCCGCUCUAUCCGUGCCCAGCGCCACACCGACAUGCCCAAGACUCAGAAGUCCCAGGCCCUAUCGACAAACAAGAAAACGAAGCUACAAAGGAGAAGGAAAGGAAGUACAUUUGAAGAACACAAGUAGAGGGAAUGCAGGAAACAAGACCUACAGAAUGUAGGAGAAGCCUCCUAAGGAGCAGAAAAUGCCACGUCACCCCAGGAUCCUUUGCUGCCUGAGCAACCUGCAACAUCGAACCACCUACCAAAUGACAAUAAUAAGUCAAUAACAUUUCAAAGAUGGGCAUUUCCCCCAAUGAAAUAUACAAGUAAACAUUCCAACAUUGUCUUUAGGAGUGUUUGUUUAAAAAGCUUUGCAUCUUGGAAAAAAAAAGUGGUCCUGGCAUGGGUAGAUUGCUGUUUAUCCUUUAUUAAUAACGUUCUAUAGAGAAAAUAUAUAUAUAUAUAAUUAUAUCUCCUAGUCCCUGCCUCUUAAGAGCCGAAAAUGCAUGGGUGUCGUAGAGAUUCAGUUGCACUAAAUUUCUCUCUGAAUUUGGGCUGCUAAAGCCGUUCAUUUAGCAACUGUGUAGAGGUGGUUUAUGAAUGGUUCCUUUAUCUCCACUUCGUCCCUCGUAGCCCAAGCUGCUUGUUUUACAGAGUCUAAUGAUCUUGUCUAGCUUCACUAGCCCCGCCCUUUUCUAACAUUUGUAUUUGUUGAAUUUGGCCUCCUCAAAAGCAAUAGCAAAUAAGUCGUCAAGUGGCCCACCAAGUUUUAAUGUACCUGACUCCAUCUGUGGCAUUUAUACAAAAUAUAAGUUGGAUGCAUUUAUUUUAGACACAAAGCUUUAUUUUUUUUCUCGACAUCGUGUUUCAAGAAGAAAAAAAAUAGAAUACCAAUAACUACAACUUUGAGGCCAAUCAUUUUUAGGUGUGUGUUUGAAGCAUAGAGCGUCUCUUAAACUCUCAACAGUUCCUUCAAAUGAUGUUAGUAUGUAACCUAAGUAACAGUUUCUCUCUUUUUUAUUUUUUCCAUAUAGAGCACUAUGUAAAUUUAGCAUAUCAAUAAUACAGGAAAUAUCAAACAGUAUGUAAAACUCUGUUGUUGUUGUUUUUUAGUACAAUGGUGCUAUUUUGUAGUUUGUUAUAUGAAAGAAUCUAGUCAACACAGUAAAAGGAGAAAGCAAAGCAAAAACAAUGAAAGCCUGGAGCCUAAGAUGACAAAAUGAGGAAGGGAACUGAAAAAAAAAUCCAUCCUCCUAGGAGAUGCAAAGGCCUCCCCAAUUAUGCCUUCCAAGAGGAACUUAAGAUAUAAAGUCCAUUAAGACACACUUACUUGUCAAGUCCAGAGAAGAAGCUAUGGAGUGAGAAAAGCAAGAGGCUAGGGAUUUUAGGAGUCCUGGUUUCCUUUUAUCACCGAAGAAACAAGUAUUUGCAACCUCGGUCACCUAAACUCACCACCAUGUGACCUCAGUCAAGUCAUUCCACCUCUCGGUGCCUCAGUUUUCCUCAUCUGCAAAAUGGGGGGCAAUAUGUCAUCUACCUACCUCAAAGGGGUGGUAUAAAGAUUAAAAAGUAGACCUUCAUAGUUUUGUUCUGGGUUUCCAGGAGGGUGCAACAUCAGAAUUGCUGGGAUGCAAGGAAUUCUGUAAAUAACUCAUUAACAGUGUAGCUCCAAGGAUCGUUCAUCUGUCACUGGGAUGCCACCACCAUAUUCAAGUUCUUAUUGGUGAAGCUGUGCAACUAACUGUGACAAGUUAAUGACUCAGUCUCUCCAACAUGUCAUAAGGCAAGAGACAUUUGAUUUGCAAUUUGAUUUUACUUCUGCAUUUGAGCUUAUGACUAUAAAAACAAGUGAAAAGAAAGAAAAGAUGAGAAAGAAGAUCCUUGCUAAGUAAAGGGUAAUCAAUUAUUCCAUUUAUCCACUCUCAUUAAUCCUUCCAGUCACUUAGUAUCUAGAAAUAACUCUAACAUUAUCAAUGAGACUCUACUCAGUUUGCUAAACUCAAUUCUCCUUCCACUUAGCAUAUGAAAACAGGCCCUGACAUCCUUAAAUUUUGAAAUCGUAUCUAUUACAAUCACAAGUUGCUGUAGCAGAUGUUGUCUUGCCCUUGCUUUUAUAUGCAUGUACUUUUUUUUAUUUUAUGAAAAUAUGCUGGCAAGAAUUGCUACUUGAGAGGCAAAAUUUGAGGUUGUCCCUAGUGUCUGCUUAGAAGGAAGAAUACAGCUUCCUGGAGAUGUAUUGAGUGUGUUCAGCUGGGCAUUGAUAACCAGAAACAUGUUCUUUGUUUAUGCAGCAAGAUUGUCUGCCUCUUAAAAAAAAAUCCAAUAUUCACAUCUUAUUAUCUGCAGGCUUGAUUCUUUUUUUGCAAGCUUCAUUAAUAUUCUUAUAAAAUGUAUAAGAAAAACCUAAAAGGGCACCUUUAGCUUUCCUUCCACUGGGUUCCCUCUAGAAUGUCUGGGGAAAUGCAGAAGAUGCUGUUGAGUAAAGGCCUCGGUCGACCGGGCUAAGAAUGUCAGGCACACUAAACAGCACCUGAUUAGUGUAGAAAUGUAAAUGGAAUAAGAGGCCAAUUUGCCAUCUACCUGCUUCCCCAGAAGGGUGCAGGAAAAGUUGGGCCCUCUCACACCCUGGGUGGCACUUCUGACUUCUAGUUCUUGUUCACAAUGUGUACAUUUCCAAAUUGGUAAUUCCCAGAAAAACAUACAGGUGGUCUUCUCCAGAUCUGUGGGCUUCCCGUCAUGGUUAGAUUUGAUGGUUCCAAGUGUCUGUCACAUAUUUUGUUCUCUUAAUUCAAUACACAGUCAGAAAUUGUCUCAAUGAAGAAAGCUGAAGUAUGCAAUCCUUUAUCUAAUACUAAUCCUCUCCAACUGGGUCAGAAAUCAAGUAAUAAAUACUAACUUUACUAAUUAAUUAUACUAAAGUAUCAUUGUACUUUUAAAUGAAUGAGUACUAUAAGACAAAUCUACAUAAACUCUGAAACCCAACUAACUGAUCUUUAUAUGAUGAAUCAAAAUGACUCAAGAUGGAUAGAAAGGGACAUUUAAAAUUUUGCAACUCAAAACUUUGUAAGCUUUGCUAUGGCGAUAAAUUGUUUUAGUGUCUGGAAAUGGAGCAAUUUUAAUAAAUUUAUGAAAGAACUAUAAAGAUAGGUAAGAAGGAGUUUUUGUUUGAUAGGAUUACUGCUGAUUUACUUAAAUAUUUACUACCUAGGUCAAAUGUUGAUUCCAUUCUCUAAAGAAUAUCAAGUGCUUGAACAUUGUAAGAUUGAGUCAGUUCCACAGAAAAAGUUAAUGCAUCUCUCCAUUAUAAUGUAUUUUCCUGGGGUAAAAAAAAAAAAUCCUUUUUAAACUACCCACCCUACAUGUACCUACCCUACACAUGCAUUUGUGCACACACACCUAUUCACAGUAAGAAUAAGAAGAAAUCAUUUCCUUGAAAAAUCCUAUCUUUCAAAAAAGCAUCCAUGCCCCUUGAGACUCCUUCUCCUUCUUUGAGUGCCAAUGUGAAAUGUGAUAUGUCUGUGUAGAUGAAACCAUUUCAUACCCCACGGCUCCAGGGUUUCUGUUAUGGUUUGUGCACUUGGGAGGAUGCGCAGAAAACAGGAUACAGUGCGUUUUGCUUUCCCCUUUAACUGUUUGGCCAGCUACGCCAAUGUGGUGCUAUUGUUUCUUUAAGAAAGUACUUGACUAAAAAAAAAAAAUGAAAAAAGAAAAAAAAAGAAAGCAUAGACAUAUUUUUUUAAAGUCUGAAAACAGCAGUUGUAUAGUAGAUGGCUUACUGAGAUAGCAUUAGGUCUAGCCACCACCCUAGCCAACACCUUUCAACUUUGUGUCACUGACAAGUAGAAUAUUGUUCAAGUUGUGAGUUUAGGGGUUCAGAGACAGAGGAUGGAAAAGUUGUAAAGUUAGAUGGCUCAAUUCUUUCAUUGGCUCUCAAAUUUAACAAAAUUAGCAUUACUUUACCCAAUCUGAGGUGAUGGUCAGUAACUUGGAGUGUGGGGGGGGAAUAACUUCGGGCAAAUGGCAGAAGGAAAUAAUUAAGCUACUUCUUGCUUUUUUUUUUGUUGAUUGUUUGGUUUCUUGUUGAUUUUUGGUUUGGGUUUUGGUAUGGGUGGGUGAGUACAUGUGUGUAAGUAGGUGUGUGUGUGUGUGUGUGUGUGUGUGUGUGUGUGUGUGUGUUGUGUUGUGUUCCACUCAAAAGCAAAUACUCAGAAAGUGGAGAAAAUACAAAGAUUUUAACAUAGACUUACCUACUACUAGAAACAGGUUCUGCCACAUCCUCCUGGGGAAGGCACUGAUUUCUGGUUUGUAGGGGUUGUUCUUUCAUCAGACACCUCCAAGUGGCCGGGUCUCCUAGAGUAGUCAUGGAUCUCACUGGGAGAGGUCGGAAAGUAUUUCCUUAUGAAUUGGGCUUAUUUACUAACAAAGAAAGGGAAGAUUUUAUGAGAAUUGUUAAAGAAGAUGACUAACAAUCUGUGAAGAUUUUGUUCUGUUUUUUGUUGGGUUUGGGUUUUGAUUUUUUUUUUCUUUAUACAGUCUUUAUGAAUGGAACUCUUAAUGCUCAAAAAGACUUGGUCCUUUUUCUGUUUCAUAACAGAAUGGAAGAUGACAAACUCACAUAGACUCUUGAUAGGCUGGCUAGAAAAUGUACGGUUUGACUUAUUUGAAUCAGACCAUUUUAAAUGUUCCUUUCUAUUUUCAAUCAUAAAAGAUUGUCUUAAUUUAUUAGCAUAGGCCCUGUUUGGCACUUCUCAAAUGGAUGAGCAAUUCCCGUUCAAAGCAUGGAUUUUCCCAUGGUUUCAAAACAUGAAUGAUUAAUAUUAAGGGAUUAUUUACUUCAAAAUACAGUAGAAGUGUGAGUCUCUGUUCCCAUUCCCCACAAAGACCAUUAAGCCCUGAAUCUGCAGGGGGCGGGGAGGGGGAUACUAAGGGAAAUUUUUGUUGCUUGUUUUUUGUUUUCAACACUAGUGCUUAAUCCUAUAGUAUACAGAUUUGCUUCUUGCUAUUGUGAUAUUCUGUAAGACUUUCCUGUUAGGUAUUAGGAAUUGAUACAUAGAUACCUUUUUUGUGUGGUUUCUAUUUAAAAGAAAAGUGAUAAGACUGUCUGAAGCUUAAAUGCAUAAGGUACGUGAUAAAGAUAUCACUUUAAAUAACAAGCCAUAUCUGGUACAAUCCUUUCUUUCUUAUCAUUUUAAGAAAACCUUUCCCAGAUAAGUCAGAGACUCAGGGGACUUUUCAAACCAUCUUUGUUCCUCCAAUUCAUUUUUGCUGGUGGUGAUUUUUUUCUCCCAGUGUCUGCCUCAGAGUCUUUUAGAGGCUGCCCAAAGCAUAUCCAACAACUAAAGAACUGUCUUUUAAAACACACAUUUCACAUGGUCCCUCUUAAUGAAUGAUUACACUUAGGUUGAACAUGAUUUUUUUUCUUUCCACGUAUUUUUUUCUGUCAUUGAUAAGGGUUCUUAAGGAGAAAAGUGCAUUAACAAAAAUCGAGAAAGCGUACCAAAAAAAAUCUAAAUGUCACUGCCCAAUUGAAAUACAAGGUAAAAUGUAAAUACUUUGUCCGACUUAAAUCUCAGACUGAAUCACCUUCAAAAUGACCUUUUACAAUCUUUCCAAUUUGCCUUUUUUUAAACUGUCUGGGCCUAAAAGCAAACAUUAUUCAUUUUCUCUUGCCCAAAGUGUACUUGUGUAAAGUAGAAAAAUUAAAAGAAACUGCAAAAAAUCCUUUCCAACCACCGGCUGACCGCACUCACUGGCUCACAGCAAAGUCUCCUCUGUUGAUCUAUCCCGAACCUCAUUUCAUUUGAAUAUUUACAUUGUACUUACUGCUAAACACACCGCAGGAGGCUCCAUCCCUAUCUCCUAUCUCUGUCUAUGUAUCAUUAAACCUUCCAAACAUCAUGCAGUGUAUAUUCAGUUUACGUGAAAGCUCCAAAUAGCAUAUCAGACCUGAUCGCUUUUGGCUAAGGAUUUAAGGAGCUAUGAGAAUUUGGGUUACAACGUGCAUUUUGCUUCAUUUAUUUUUAUCACGCUUAAAGGCCAAGGGUGAUGAGUAACUUACAGACAUUGCAUUAAUUUCCCUACUGAAACCUGAAAGUGAUAUUUGGUCAUUCAUUGUAUGUGUUUUACACACACAUACACAAAAACAUCUUCUAUCAAAUUAAUCCUUAUUGUAUUUGAAGUGGUUAAUCAAUUCAUUUACGGCAGAGCAAUAUCAGUCCUAAUGAGUCCUAAAAAUGUAACUAACUAAAUCAUUAUCUUACAUUUACUGUUUAGUAAGCAUAUUUUGAAAAUGUACGGCUAGAGUGUCAUAAUAAAAUGCUAUAUCUUUCUUUAGUAAUUACAUUAAAAUUAAUCAUGUUUGAUUAACUGGU